UCCGCUAUUGAAGUGCAAGUGAUGCAGUGAACGUUUUGACGUCGAAGCUCUCUGCUGAAGUGUUUGGUAAAUCACCAAGAAACGAAAGAACUAUUUCACAAUAUUUGAAAGUCAAAGCCAGAAUGGCUCCUUGUACACGCAGCGCAAUAGAAGAAGAGCAGUCUUCUUGCAACUGGCAGCAUGUUGCUCUUCAUAAAAAUCCCCGGAAAUUAUGCUCCGCCGGUAAAACGUCCAUAGCGAGAUCGAUUGUCAACAUGGACUUCAGACACUGUAAGGAUAAUCUCAGAAACGUCUGCCAUAGUCUGAAAACUUCCUAUCCCUUGAAUUUGAGGACUGCUAUUGUGGAAGAGGUCGUAGCUCUCCAAAAGGUAGAAGAUUCUCAUCACGUAUUGAAUAUGAUCCUUCUCCACCUACUCACAGACGUCAGGACCUUUGUCUUGACCACCUCACCUGACAGCGAAGAAUCCAUCUACCUUGGGCAAGAAGACUGUGAAUUGUUACUGAUGGAGGUGGAAGACAAAAAUCACUUUCUUCUGGAAAGUAUUAGAGUAAGCGGAGUUGUUAUGGAACAGAAUAUCAUAUCAGAAAUUCUUAGGAGGUCUCCUAGACUGCACACAAUUCAAGUAUCAGGGGAAAUCUGUAGCCAAGUAUUGGCAAGCCUUGAGAAACGCCCACGACGUAGCCUGCGCGCUCUCCAACUAGACAACACCUCUGUAAAUGAAAGGCAAGUGAUGAAAGCCCUUCUGGGCUCCCAGUACGAUUUAGAAACUCUCGGAAAAAUGAUGUGUGAAGGGAAAAGCCAAGAAGAAAUCAGUAACAUACCACACCAGAAUCUUAAACAUCUUUCUGUCGAUUCUCCUUUCAUCGGCGCCUGUGGUGCCGUAGUUUUACUUCACUACCUUCGGAAUUUGAGAAGUUUACGUUAUGCCCAACCAGCUUACAAAUCACUUUUGUUCCUUCAACAUCUUACUCCUUCUGAGCCAUUACAUUUCGCCUUGACUUCCACAGAACUGUGGCGACCAACAUCAGAUGUCCUUUUAUCGCUUCAAAGGCUGUGUCCCGAUCUGAGGCAUUUGAUGAUAGAGAGCACCGAGGGCAGCUCCCGCGCCCUACAACUCUUAUCUUCGUUCACAAAUCUAGAAAGUCUCACGCUAAGAAAUGUCCCAGAGGCCGAUAUUCUCUUAGCAAUAAAAUCUGUUGGGGCAAAUCUGCACAGACUUUCCAUCGAAUACGAAACCUUGACAUCCAUAUCAUACGAAGUUAUAAAGGCCAUCCAAGCGACUUUUCUUGGUCUACGAAGUUUAGAAAUGGCCAAUGUCCAUAUAGACGUGAAACCUGAGGACCUUCUCUCAUCUAUGAAACAUGCCACUUUACCAGAACUUACCAAGUUGAAAAUCUCACAGUCAGAUGUUCAUCCAUCAAUUUUAGAACGUCUGUUAGUCGGUAAUAGCUGCCUAGAUUCCUUGCACCUCGACAUAAGUCAGGAUGCCAUGACAGAGCAGCUGUUGAUCACUCUGUUAAAAUACAACUCAUUCCAAAGGUUAUCUUCCAUCUACCUCGGCGCUGGCACGCUCAGUCAAAAAGGCAUUAGCCGGCUCAUGGUGCUUCCCUCCCUAGAGAAGUUGUCCGUGGCAGUGGAAUCUUUCCCGCGCUUCUCCAGGUCAGAUUUUGACGGCCUGAGGAAGGACCUCACAGAGGGCAACUUCCGGUGCGUUCUCGAAAGUGUGGUGCGAUGAUGUGUUGAUCUGCAGUGAUCUCAUCUACGUCAUACUAACUCAUCAUUCAUCUUUUUCAUAUGUUCUCAUGUUUUGCAUUAACAUCUUGUCUAUGAGUUCUUCCUCUCCCAGUUUUCAUCUGCAUUCUUUUGAUGCUCAAGGAGUCAGUUUCUAUGAGGAAAAACUUCAGCGGAUCAGUUUUUCAAAAAGCCAUAUUUGUUGAGACAUCACAGAUGUUUACAUAAUGCCUGGUGCUCACUGCAUUUUGAUAUCGUUUAUCUUCAUGUGGAAUCGCUUAUUGGUAUUUAUAUAAUUUGUAGCAUAAGCCAAAAUCACAAGUUAUUUUUAAAACUAUUGUGACAGCCUAUUUAUUUGAAAUGAACUUAUAUAUAUUUAUUCUUUAUUUAUUCAUUAUUGCACUAUUUAUUUGAAAGUAAUUUAUUCAUUGCUUAUUUCUAAUGAGCAAAAAUUGUAACUUAUUCUGAAUAAAUGUAUUCUAUUCUUUGCAUGUAUGGAGCCACCCAGGGCUCGCUCAAACUUUUUUAAAUACAUAUGUG